AGGGCUGCGUGCCAAAACAAAACGUGAUGCAAGCACAACACGAGAAUGUGUGUCACAUUUGAGCGAGAAGGGGAAAUGGCCGCCAUUGCCAAGAUAUUUGACCUACUUCUGGUUGCGCCGAGGAGAAGUGGAGCACAAGGGCGCAACAGAGUGCAACGGAGUGCAGGAGCGACAGGUCUACAGCAGGAGCAAACAGACUGACUUUGGAGACUUUUGCAUCAUGAUAACAGGGGACAUGGCCAUGGCCCUUCCAUCAACAUCAACAGCAGGACCAGCUGCAGCCGCUAACCCAGAGCUCUCACGCCUGGGGGGCAUCGAGGCCUUGAAAUUGAAGGUGGGGCCGGUGCGGAGGAAUCUCUUUGGGCCCGUAGACCACCAGCAGCUUCAGAAGGACUUCCAGCGGCUGCUCUGUAUGAACGUGGAGGUGGCCAACAAGCGUUGGAACUUCGAUUUCCACAAUGAAAUGCCAGGAGAGGGCUCAAACAUCGAGUGGGAGGAGCUCAAGUACCAGGAUGUGCCGGCGUUCUACCGCAGCUGCACGGUUAGGCCAGUGCCACGUCCAGUGACCAAGAGGCGGACGUCGUCCUCGUCGGGCGAGAGUUCCCCGGGGUCCAGCAGCUCAUCUGGUUCUGGAGAUGAGUACCUGGAGGUGACCACGAGGGGGUGCUACCGAAUCCAACGGCAAGCAAAACGAAGACAGUCUGCCAUCACAGAUUUCUUCAAGGUGAAGAAGAGGAAGCUUCUGCUUUACAAAGUAUCUUCUCGGCAGUAGAGCAGCACUAGACACAGUGACGACCACUUUGUGGUCGGCGUCCCUCUUCACCUCACACAGAUAUGUGUCAUAUCAUAUGUAUAUAUGUAGCAAAUUGUAAUGGACUGUCAACAAGCUCAUUCAGCAUGGGCUUAAAAACUCCUCUGACACCAUAUACCUUAAACUUUCAGCACAAGGAAGCUACCAUUUUCCUAGUUAAUCAAGCUUAGACUUUAGAAACGGUUUUUGUUGAUAAUUAUGAAUAUUAUAUAUAUUCUACAUACUGUUUUCCUCAGCUUUUGACUAUACUGUGAAGUUAUUUUGAAUGCACUCUUAAAAGAAAACAGGCUCUAGUUUUAAGAGGUUAAUUUUGUUCUAAACAGGCCUUGGAUAGUAUUUGACCUCUGCCUUUUUUCUCCCUCUUGCUAAAAGUCAUAAGAGGUUUUGAUUAGAUGAGUUACUAUUCCUGGCCUUGUACCACACUUAGCCUUUAGUCUCACCACAGGGCUCUGAUAGCACGAGUCAAGCCGGAGGUCAAAACCUCACCCAGGGCUCAAAAUUUGGCAGCGUGACUGUGAUUAGCUCCAGUGCAAAGGUCAACGGUGGAGGUUCAGCAAUGAGGUAAUGCGGCUGUACCUGUCCAACAGUGACUUAAAUUCAAAUGUGACUAUUUAUUUAUUAUUCAUGAUGUCUAAAUCAUCAAAAUGAAAAAAAAAACUUAUAAGUUAAAAAAAAAAAAAAGCAAUGUGUAAAACGAGGUAAAAUAAGGUGUUUGUGGAAACCUGUGCCAUUGCCCCUAAAUUCUGCCGUAGACUAAAAGUCAUUGUGGCUCAUGUUCACUCCACCGUUGCCACUCAAAAAUACGGGCCGUAUAUAUAUAUUAACAACAAAUAUACGAACUGCAAGUUAUAUUCCCUUUUUUUUGCUUUGUAUUAUUUGCAUAAUGGGGCUGUAAAAAUCGAUAUAUUUUUUGGCAACAGACCAGAACAUACCUUAUUUAGUUGUGUGUUUUGUCAGCUUUAUGCUUGUAAUAAUGUAGCAUUUUCCACUCUGUCUUCAUGCGAUGUCUUGUAGGUGUUAAAUACGCCUCUUUUCUCCAUGAAGGGAGUGUAGUGUUUGAUCUCUGUGUUGCAGCUCAGAGAAACCUAAACUUUUGGUAAUUUUUUUUUUUUUUUUACAUGAAGAGUCAGAGCUGCUUCACUUUUUUUUGUCUCCGUGACA